AUGGCGCCUCUUAAGAGAAGAAAAGUUUCGGCUCCGACUGGAAAUGAAAAUACCCCAAGAUCGACACGUUCCAUUCGUCAUAAGAGGGAAGAUCCAAGAGGGAAGAUGAAGCCACUUGCAACCAGUACUCGAACUUCUUCGGUUAACAAGAAAAAAAAGAACGAUGACGACUACGAAAACUUUUAUUCUGGAGAGUACACUAUAACGACUAUGAAGCCAGUUGUAUUCCCAAAAAAAAAAGUGAUUUUUGAGCACGGGUACGGAAUUGAAGACGACAUUGAAGACGAAAUAGAUGAUGAAGAAUCGGACGACGAAGAAUAUGAGGAGAGUGGAAACGGAAGCGAAGAUGAAGUUGAAGAGGAAGUCAGAGUGGAGGAGCAAGAAAUUGAAAACAACUUCGCUUAUAAAAAAGUCAAGAGUGAAAUUUCGUGCUCGCCAUUCCUUAAAGAGCAUUCUGUACAUUUUGUACUGACAAAUAAUCGCGCAAAAACUGGUACAAUUGAUUCAAAGGCUGGGCGCACAGCCUAUCGGAAACAGAAACUUCGUGAAGGAACAUGUUGCUCACAAAGCAAUGAGGCAACCGGGGACAGCACAGGCAGAUCAAGUAUCUCCGCGGGAUUUGAUGUUUUUCAGCAUCUACAAAACAGAGCGGUCCAGAAAACUAUGAUUGAGCAACUGGAAUCAGCGGUUCGAAAUCAAGAUGUUAUGGAAAUGGGCAAUGUUGUGAAGAAGGGAUUAGAAGAUGGAACUCUUUCAGAGAUCCAGAUAGAGGAAUUUUGUAAACAUAAAACUCGUCCAAACUUCUCGAUCCUACAGUUCGUCCAGGCUCUCAGACAAUCUACAGAAGACGAGAAAGAGUCUAUUCAAAUUGCACAGAUGAUGAUGUUUAAAAUGCAGGAUCCUAAGGAUGGGAAUUACACCGCACUUGCAGCAAACGUGCACUCCCUGACAUCGAAAAUUUCAAAGCAGUUGAACGCUGGAUGUAUCGUGAAACGAACACUUACGAUGAACCACACAAUUUCACAAGCUGACGGGUUUCCUACGUGUAAUCUCACAGAUAUUUAUAACUCUGAACUCUUGAUUGGAGGUGAUGCCGUCUCGCAACUUUCAAAUUUCUAUAUGGUUGCCUUGAAAACUAUGCUGGAGCCUUCUUAUAAAAUCUGGGCAUUUACUUACCGACCAAGCUGUGUUCGCCGUGUUGAUAGACAUUUUCAAGAGUUACCACAAAAAGUGACAACAGCGAUUAUUGAAGUCGCAUUCGAUAUUGUUGGAGUUUAUUUGCCGGUUGAGCUGUCAUACGGUUCGAUUGAUAUGGAGCAUGAAUUCAUCAAAACGCUUGGAGAAGGAGCAGAACUUGAGGUUCAGCGCCGUAGGGACGAAAGAAUCACAGUGUUCAAGAACGCAGUAGAAGCCCUUGGCAAAGCAAUGAACAAUCUUCGAACAUAUCACUUUGAUAUUGCUAAAGGAGCACUAUUCAACUGCAAUAAACGAUCUUAUUGCGAGCAUCAUCUCAAGUGGGGACAGGUUCGAAAGUUCAGAGAACAGCAUCAGAGGAUGGAAACGUCACCAGAAGAAAUGAUCAGAUUUGCAACCGGUCAACGCAAUGAGCAUGAUGUCUCCGCUGCUGGACGAUCGGUCAAAGACUCCACCCACUGAAGCUUAAUUUUUCGUUGUUUUUUUUUUGUAAUUGAUUUUUGUUGUUAACCCUGUUCAUGUUUUGUCCUUAAAUAAAUAUUUUCCACAGGAAA